UAUUACUUUUUUUUCUUAUUUAGUCUGUAUAUCUAAAAAUGAACCAUUUUACAUUUAUUUCAAGCAAAAAUAGCUUUUAGAUAGAGUGUAAAACAAAAAUUAUCUCAAAAUAAGAAACAUUCACCUUUUUCCUUGAAAUAAGAAAGUCACUCAUUGGAAGGUAUUUAUUUCAGGUUUUUAAAGAAAGGACAUCUUCAAGGUUAUAUUUUGUCAUAACAUAGACACUGUUUCUGAAAUUGACUGGGUAAUAUGACGUAAAAUCAAGUAGGUUUUCAACAUCAGUCAGUUCAGUUGCUUGGGCAAGGUUGGGAAUUGCAAUUUCAUAGGCAAGAAAGUCUUUGUUGAAACCCAAGGUUUCAUACACCUGGUAUUCAAAACAAUAAAGUACACUAUUAACAAUAAAAAUGUUUUUUACAAGUCCAAAGAUAGGGUUUAAACCAUUUGCUGAAAUGAGUAUAAGAGACCUGUCACAGAUGUACAGUAUUUGUUUCCAUGUAAAAUAAGCCACUUUACUCUAACGGCAUGAUGUAUAGCAUCUUCAAUCCCCAAAAAAUCUACAACCUUUGAUUGCAAAUGGUCCAUAUUAGCAACCUCUGAUAUAGGACCUAGUUCUUUCUCAUUUACAAAUAUCGGAUGCUCAGUUCCUGCUUCACUUUGGCAACACUCCAGCAGCUGAUUGUGGUUUACAAGAGACUUGCACACAUUCUUAAAGUUUAAUUUGGAUGACCAUUGUUUAAAAAAAAACUGUGUUUAGACUUGAAUCUCAUGCACAUAUGACGUAUUACAGGUCCCAGGGCAAUAAUUUGAGAGGGAAGAUGCAGCAUGUAAUGUUGCUUUGGGAUUACAUUUUUUUCUGGGAACAGUUGCCUGAAUUGUUUAAGAUGAUCUUCUAUCAUUUUUUUUAGUUUGGACACAGUUUGUAAAGACACAACUGGGGCAAAAAGUAUUUUAACAAUUUCAAUUAAAUCCAAAAUAAACUGAAUAAAGGGAUUUUUCUCUACAACACUGUACAAUAAGAAUGGCAAAAUCUUGAUCAAUAUAAGCAUUUGUCCAGAGGAUUGUUUGAGUCUGUUGUCACUUGAAGCUAAAGUAGCAAUACUAAUUGGUGAAGGCUUGUCACGUAUGUCCGCUGAUGAAAAAGGAAAGUUCUGCAUGGCAGAAUUAAACAAGUCCAAUUCCAAAUUUCCAGAUAAAACAAGGUAUUUCAACACACACUUAAUUUCCAUUGGUGCCACUCCUUCAAGAAUUACAUGCAUAAUAUCCUGUGGCAUCUGCUCUGUGAGAUUAAAACCUGGGAAAUCAACUAAUCAACUAAUCAACUCAUGCUGGGCAAGAGUGUCUCCGCAGCUAGUUUGGGAAAUACCAAGUUCAUGGGGGGAGGGGGGUAUUACAAACUGUAGCUGUAAAAACAAAAAAUGGUCACAAAUAAGGUAAAAUGAAAUAACACCUAUAAGAGUUUAUUUUAAAUCAAUGAAGAAGAAAUUUACCUAUCAUACUGACUGUGUUUUAUGAACGUACAAACCACUAAAUUGUAUAUAGAAGCAAAAAUUGAGAUGUCCACCCCCUUUAUGUUCUAUGUUAGUUGUUACCUAACUCCGUUUGAAUUUGGAGUCACAGGAAUCUUCUGCACUUGAGCGUUGAAAGACAAAAUGUAAGAGAAAACUUCAUCAAGGAAGAGAGUUGCUACAGGCCCUCCAACUGCUGAUGCUAAUGUAGGCCAGCUGAAAACCUUGCAGCUCCCCAGUCCUCCGGAAUAUGUUGUGUACACCGACAGUGAGUUGGAGCAAUGCCGAAAGAGUUACCUGGAGUUGGCCUGCUCCGGCAGGGAACAAGCAUGCGUCAUGUCAAAAGAACUGAGAUGCAGAUUGGUGAGAAAUACAAUCACAAGUAUGGUGUCCCUUUUGAGAGCAAGCCAAGGCCAAAUGGAGUGAUACCCCUCUAAGACCGAAAUCACUGCAAUGGCUAAAAAAGUUGUGGAAUAUUAUCCUAUGCUGCAGGAUAAUGAUGCAAGCGUAAAACACGAGAGCAUUAAUGCCAAGUUACAAAAAAGGCUGCAAAAUAUGAAAACCCCAGUAAAAAGGCAAGGACCAACACCGGAGAGGGGACGGCCCAAGAGAAGGCUCACUGACCUCUCCCCAAGGGAUGAAGAAGCUGAUGAUGAAGAUGCUGAUCGCAGUUCUUCCAGUGGUGCAUCUACUCUGUUAUCACCUGUCAGAAAUUCUGACGAUGCCUCCACUUCAUCUGACAAGGAUAGUCGGCAAAUACAAGCAAGACAUUACAAAACAUUACAAGAAAUGUGCAAGAAGGCAAAACCAAACCAAGAAGAUGUGUCCCAGCUAUUAGACCUCGAGUUUGAAGCCAGAAGAUCCUUCAUUGACUCAGACACCAUGAAAGAGGAGAACAGAGCUCGCCUCAUCUUGGAUGCAUAUCCAUGCUUUAAAGAAUUGCAUCAUGCAUUGGGUGAGCUUCGCAGAAUUUUGGAUCCCCACAACAAGUUCAUCAGUCAAAUAAAACUGAGAUGGGAAGAAUUCUGCUCCAGGGUAGAGUUCUACGGUGUGUCAAAGAAGGCAAUGAAUCCACCAAUGACCAUGGACAAAACUGAAGCCCACCUUGCACUGAUGAAGGCUCUUCCAACGCUCUUUCCCACACCUGCCCAUCCACCAAAAAAGAUGGGGAAUGCUUCUGAAGCAUUUCUACAUGUCCUGAAGCCUACAGAAGAUCCAGAUGCUGUCCUCCAGAAACGAAGCUUGUCAUGUCCAGUAGUGAUGUUCGAUGGCUGCAAGUGUGUCAUUGCUGUUGGUAAUUUACCAGUUACAACAUUUGACAAAGAAAAACUUGGUGAGGCUAUGAUAUAUGUGAUGGCAUACUUUUAUGCACUCCAUCUGACUUACCCCAAAUGCGUGGCAACCCUGCUGUCUGUCAUUCAGACAGAAGUUCUCCAGGAUGCCAUUCAUGAGCAUGACACUACAUCAUCUUACAGAAAAGCCCUGGCAGAAUGGCAUGCAUUUAUUGGAAAGUAGUGUGUAAAUUUCAGAUAAGAUUAUGAGAGGGCACUUUUGUUUUGUUUUUUGUUUUUUCAAUCUGGGUCUUAUUUCUAAAAUGGAAAAUGUUCAUUUACUCACCCAGACAAGAUCUGUGGUAUUUGGUGUCAUUCGAAAGAAAUUUGAAUCUUUGUGGUCUUCCUAUGUCACUCGUCAAUUUUAAUGGGGCAAUGGCGAAACCUCUAAGGCUGUUGAAAUGUUGAAACCACUUAAACAAACUCAUAAUGUUGGACCUGUACUGUUCAAUUGUAUCUUUAUUAUCUGCAGGUUAUUGUUAAAGUGGACAAAUAAAGAUGGACACUUUUGCUCUG